AUGUUACGCGUUGCUGGUCGCCGUUUUUUCUCUAGAGAGGCUGUUCCAUAUGAUAAGACUAUCAAGAAUUUGCUGUUGAAUCAUGACACCAAGGUUAUCUUCCAAGGUUUCACUGGUAAGCAGGCCACUUUCCAUGCUAAGAUCUCUCAAGAAUAUGGUACCAACAUCGUCGGUGGUACCAAUCCUAAGAAGGCCGGCCAAGUUCAUUUGGGACAACCUGUCUUUGCUUCCGUUGCUGAAGCCGUUAAGGAAACCGGUGCUACCGCUACUGGUAUCUUCGUGCCUCCUUCUAUCGCUGCACCAGCAAUCAAGGAAGCCAUUGAGGCCCAAAUCCCACUUGCCGUCGCUAUUACCGAAGGUAUUCCUCAACAUGACAUGUUAUACAUUGCUGAAAUGUUGAAAUCCCAGGACAAGACCCGUCUUGUGGGUCCAAACUGUCCUGGUAUCAUCUCUCCAUCUGCUAGAUGUAGAAUUGGUAUCCAACCUACUUCUAUCUUCAAGCCUGGUAAGAUUGGUAUCGUUUCCAAAUCCGGUACCUUGACUUAUGAAGCUGUUCAACAAACUACCAUCACAGACUUGGGUCAAUCUUUGGUUAUCGGUAUCGGUGGUGAUGCCUUCCCAGGUACUGACUUCAUCGAUGCCUUGACUUUGUUCCUAAACGACCCUCAAACUGAAGGUAUUAUCUUGUUGGGUGAAAUCGGUGGUACUGCUGAAAUUGAAGCUGCUGAAUACUUGAAAUCUUACAACUUGACUAGAGAAAAGCCAUUGCCAGUUGCCUCUUUCAUCGCUGGUACUGUUGCUGGUCAAAUGAAGGGUGUCAGAAUGGGUCACUCCGGUGCUAUCGUCGAAGGUUCAGGUACUGAUGCUGAAUCUAAGAAGAAGGCUCUAAGAUCCGCUAAUGUCGCAGUUGUCGAAUCUCCAGGUCAUUUGGGUAAGGCUCUAUUAGAUCAAUUCUAG